AUGGAGUGCGAUGAGAUGGACGUGAGUGAGCUCCCUGAAAACAAGACCCUUAUGGUUCUUUGCGCUACUACUGGUGAGGGUACCACUCCUAGGACUGCCCUUCACUUCACUGCGCAGUUGCAGCUUGCUGCUAAGGACAACUCCAAUGCUCAUCUGUUGGACAGUGUCCAAUACGGUGUCUUUGCUUUGGGUGACUCCAGUUAUCAUCACUUCUGCACUGCUGCCAAGAGAAUUGACGAUAUCUUCGCUCAGAUGGGCGGUCAAAGGACAGUUGCCAUUGGUCUCGGUAACGAUCAGGAUGAGGACAAGUAUGAGACUGCCUUUGAGGAUUGGAUGCCGAGUUAUUGGAAGUCUGUGAAUGCUCCUGAGCCUGUUGAUGACGGGUCCGUUCCCGACUCUCAGUUCGAGGUUCGUGAGCUUGACUCUGAUGAAGUCGUGGUUGCUCCUUAUGAGAGGAUCAUGCCUCCUCAAACUAUUCAGCUUGGUUUGAAGAAGAACGAUCGUCUUACUCCCAGCGACUACGAGAGGGAUAUUCGUCAUUUGCGCUUCGAAUUGGAGGAUGGUCAGGAUCUUCCCUAUCUUCUUGGUGAUGUCCUCAACAUCCACCCCAUGAACGAGGCUGGCAGAGUUAGUGCUUUCCUUCAGUCUUAUGGUCUCAACCCCUCGGAGAUGGUCAAGAUCACUCCUGUAUCCGAGAACAUCGAUGCUCGCAAGCGCGCUGCUUCUCUCCGUCCCCGUACUAUCUCCCAGCUCUUUGAGGAGUCUUUGGAUAUCUUCGGUCGUCCCAACAGGGCUUUCUACAAGACUCUGUCCAAAUUCGCUGAGGAUCCCAAGGAAAAGGCUGAGCUGGCGUUGAUCGGCAACCCCGAUGAUACCAAGGGUCGUGAUAUGUACACCAAGCUGGCUGGUGAGACUGUGACCUUCGCUGAUAUCCUCAAUAAGUACACCA